UUGUGGGAUCUGCUAACCAGAUCUCAUAGAUGUGCCCCAAAUUAAAAUGGGUUUAAGAGAAACUAGUAAACCAAAGCAAGGUCAAGCUGUAAUUAUCAAAGCCUGGCGGAACACAGUGUCUACACAGUGUCCCGCUCUCCCUUCUGCCCCGUGAAAAUGAUACCUAAUUGCCUCCAGAAUGGCUCUUUGUGUAAGCAGUUGUUUCUCAUGUGUGAAAAAGAAACAAAUGUUGGGGAGGCUAAACAGGAGGAGAGGAUAUGAUUGGCGGAAGCCCCUCUGCUGGGUGGCAAGGGCCUGCCGCCCGCGAGAAUAAGAGAUGCUGCAGCCUGAGCAAGACCUACAGAAGUCAGCAGGACACGGAGCAGCGAGCUUCUCCCGGGACAUGGAAAAGUAAGAGCCGCUGGGUCUAAACUGCAUUGGAGUCAAGCAAAAAAACUUUCUGCAGCCUCGGGGGUUGUCGCACCGGGGAGUCGGUGGGCACGGACCGAGCCACCGCUUUGGAGCGCAGGGAACUCCCCGGGAUCGUCCUCACCGUGGAGGCUCCGGACCAAAACGCCGGCCCCGAGAUGCCGAAGGCGGAGGAGCCGCAGCUGUCGCUGGAGGACUGGCUCCAGAACAAGGGCCAGAGCCCCUGGGAGCCUGGCUACUUUAAGACGGAGAGCCCGGCCACGGCAGCCAGGGAGGCCUUCGCCAAGUUCUGCGCCGAAGCCAAGCCCAGCAAGAGCGAGCGGGAGGCCAGCGCCGCUUGGGCCCUGUGGCAGGCCUGUCUGGACACCACGGAGCUGCUGGCCCAGCGGAAGGAGGAGUGCGACUGCAAAGAAGCCCAGGUCCUGGAGCUGAAGUACAAAUGCGAGCAGCUGAGGCGGGAGAAGCAGCUCAUGGAGGAGGCCUGGGAGGCCGAAAGGUUGCGCGGCGGCCAUCCGGCCGCGGGGGGCCCGGAGGCCGCGGCGGGCCCGGGGUGCUCCCGCAGCCAGGCCAAGUACGCCGAGCUGCAGGAGCACAGCGUGGAGCUGGAGGCCGAGAGGGUGCAGUGGCACACGCAGAGGCGGGAGCUCAACGACGAGCUGAGCAAGAUGAGGCAGGACCUGGAGGAGGGCCAGCUCCGCUUGACAGCCCUCCUGCAGGCCAACCGCGAGGACCGGGAGACCUGCCGCCAGCUGCAGGAGAGCUACGCGCGGUGCCAGCUCGAGAUCGAGAGGCUGCGGAAGCAGUCCAAAGAGCAGCAGGCCCUGGUCGCCGCCCAGCUCCGGCCCCGGCCCCUGGCCGAGGGGGAGCCGCGGGCCGAGGGGGAGCCGCGGGCCGAGGGGGAGCCGCGGGCCGAGGGGGAGCCGCGGGCCGAGGGGGAGCCGCGGGCCGAGGAGGGGCCGCGGGCCGAGGAGGGGUCGCGGGCCGAGGGGGAGCCGGAGCCCCAGCCGCUGCUCCAGACCCCGCCCCCGCCCCCGCCCCCGCUCCCGCCUUGGCCGAUCUACGCCGCCCCUCAGAGCUACGGCCCGGUCGCGGGACCCAGGUUCGAGCAGCCCUGGCCCUGGGCGCCUCAGCCCCCCAGCCAGGGGCCUCGGAUCUGGGGCCCUCCGUGGGGCCCGCUCCGCUGGAGGAGCUCGGCCAGCUGGAGGAGGGUGUGCCAGGCUUGCGGCGCCUGGGGGCGGGCGGAGAGGAGAGGCGGGCCUUGGGACUGCCUCCCCCCGUGCGGGGGCGCGCCGGCUCCCCAGCGCCUCACCUUCGCCCGGUACGCAGGCUACUUCCCCAUGAGAGCCCCGAGCAUGCUGGAGCCCCACGGGAUGUGGGGCCCCGCCGAGGCUCCCUGGAGAAGCCUCCGGAGGCGUGGGCCCUACCGCGGCGGGCCCUGGAAGCGACCACGGCUCCGGGCCCGCUCCCGGCUCCUGGCAGUGCCCCCAGUGCGGAGUCAUCAACUACGCCCACAGGCUCGACUGCUACAGGUGCCACACCCCGAGGGGGGAGAGCGAGCUGGCCAGCCCCCCGUAGGAGCCCAAAGGAGCCGGAGGCCGCGACCGGGGGCGCCCGCCGGCGGUCCCGGGUCCCGGCUCUCCCUGAGAGCCGAAAAACGUGCCAACCCCCCCCCCCCCCCCGCCCCUCCCCCGACGCAAACGUCCGCCGCUUGCCCGGGGCAUUCAUUAGGUCUUUAGCCUUUUAAUCAUUCCAAUUUCCAAACUGUUGGGCAGGAUGUUGUUCUCUUUUGUUUUGAAGGGUUUUUUUUCCCUACAGAGCCCACCCGCAAUCCACAGCCCAGGAGAAAAGGGGAUGCCCCAAGAGAAUCUGAGUGAGCCUCGGCAGGCAGCGGCGCGCCAAAUGAAUCCCGGCCGCUGCUGGGCGUCCGUAGUGACCGGGAGGCCAUUUGGCCCCCGGAAUAAAGGGAUCGGGCCGGAGUUCUCCGGCUUUGCUCCUCAGGAGAUUGCAUUGGGAUCUGAUUGAUGCUGCUGAGAUCUUUGGGGAGAAUUAGCUCCUGAUUCCUGACUCACGUGGGGUCCAAGCCCACUUCUUAAUCCAGUCCUGCACGGAUGCAUCCUACGAUGCUUUUAUUUUACGUGGAGUUUUUCUCACGUGGAGGCUGGUUUUUUUAUUGGGGCCCCAAAUCCCAGAAAUCUGAAAGCACCGCUGCUGCCUUCCCAGUAUUUUGCGUGCUUGGCAGCUUCUGAACAAGGACUGAAAGCGGCAGCCACAGUUCAAUAGCUCUGAAGGGUGACUGAGCUUCCCGCCGGAGCAAGACAGCUGCAAACUAACGGCAGUCGUCUGCCUCCUCGGGGUCGGGCACCUUUUCUUGACCCAAGGUGCAUAGAUCAGCCUCAUUCCCGGGGCGUGUGGUCCUGCAGACAGGGAUCUAACUGUGUGCACUUGGGACCUUUGUGACUGCCCAACCCCCAGCCUGAAGCGCUUGAGUGAAAAAUGACCCAAAGCUUAGGGUUUGCUCAUGUCUGAAUUCUUCCCACAAGGGGUGAGUAGAAAGAUAUUCCAUGAAUUUCCUUCUUUCCCACAAAAUAUAUGCUUGCGACAAGAUACUGUGUAAGAUACACAAGACUGCAGAUUAUCAAAGGCUGAAGAAGCAGGAGGAACAUAGAGCAAUUCUUAUCGGCUCCUGAGAGAAUAAUAAAACAGGAGCACAUUGAGUGUUUUGCAGAACUAGUGAACUGACAUUUCAUCUUUAUCUCAGCUCUGGACUGUUCAACAACUCCCUCUAUAGAUGGGUGGUCUCAGGUGUCGUGGCAAACCAGGCCAGAAAGCUGGGCCGAUACUCAGGCCAGUGGUCAUCUUCUCUAAGAAGCCCCAGUGUCAUUGCCAGGGGACUCCCCAACUCAGAAGGUAGCCUCCAAGGCUGGAAAUAAACUUCUCGGGAUCUCCCCUUAACCAUCACAGCAGACAGGGUAGUGGGGCUUUGAGAUCUAGACUCAAACUGGCCCAAACUAACACUCAGCCUGCCUGAGAAAAAUUCUGGAAAGGAGGCCUUUCCCUAUCCCUCACCGUCUUGAAGCGAGUGAGGAAGGAAGAAAGGAUCACUGAGGGUCGUGUCAUCAGUCCCAAGCACCCCUCCGUUUACCGGAGAAACGCAAGUGCCAUUAGGAGUGGCUAAGGAUGCUCCCACAGGACUAUCCACCUGAAUGCUCCAUGGGGUGCAACCUUUCUACUUAAAUGUAAUGAGAAUAAGUUUUAAUACCUUAACAAGAUAGUUUAUCAGCUUGGUUUAUUACAUGUUGCUUUAAACUUCCAUUUUUGCGAUGGAGCCGUUUGGAUUAAGUGAUUUUUUUAGUAAGACAAUCAAUGAUGUAGACGUAGCUAUGACGUAGAAAAAACUUAGAUGAUUUUUUAUUUUUUUCAUAAAACCAACUCUUAGUUUUAUUUAUUAGUUCAGGAGUUUUUUUAACUUUCAAUAUUAUUAAUUUCUUUUAAUUUUAGAAUUUCAAGCUUAGUAUUUGAUGGGGGGGGGGGGGUUAAUUUGGUCUUUUUCUAGCUUUUGGAUAAUUUUUGACCAAUUGAUCAACGCGUUGACCCUGCGAUGAGUCAGAGCACCAGUGAAAAAAACAAACUUUUGACAGUGAUUUUGAAAUCAAAUACAAUCAAGUGGUAACUCAGGAACACCUAAAGUCAAAAGAGUAUAAGAAAUGUACCCGAGGCCCCAGUCUGUUGCCAGGGUGUCCCUAGGGAUGGUCUCCAGCUUGGACAGAGUCUGGCAUGAAAGAAUCAGACUCUCUAAGAUGGGAGGUUGGCGUGCGUGGCUGAAUAAAGUUUGAUUACAUGCACUGAAAACUAAGUUUUAGAGAAAGAGGACAUCCCUGAUGUAAGGAUUUGUGGAGAUGGGAGGGCCACAUAUGAUGUAUGUUUUCAGAUUUUUUUCAAUGUAUUGAUCAAUUGUGAUUUUUUUCCACUGGAAAAAAUGCCAUGUGGGAUAUAAUAUUAGUAUAAUCUGGGAGGGGGGAGGGAUUAAGGGUAUAGUGAUGUAAGUGAUUGAAGGAUACAUUAAUAAAAAUUGAUUUUAGAAAUAC